CCAUUAGCGACAGUCUGGCUGGCAUAGCCGCUGGUACACGUCCAGACACUCCAUGUCCACAAUGUUAUGCUGCCGAUGGUUUAUUCCUCCAAUUACAAUCUAAUCUGAUGUGGAUUUAAUAUGGUUCUCCAUAUGAUUGGAACUAUCUAGCUCCGAGUUUCUUGGCUGAAAUAUCCGUAUGAUCAGUUUGACUUCUUUUUUUAAACGUAUUCUGAGUCUGAUGUGACGCUGUAAGCAGAACUGUGUUGGAUGUUAUGCUGUCAGCCAAGGCUCUGAAGUCAGGUAUGUCAUUGGGGCUUCACCAUAAAAUGGAGGAAGGCAGAUGAGUCUCAGAGGAGAGCCUGGAGUCAGACAGGAGCCUUCACGGAAGAACAAAGGUUUCCCUGAUUUUCCAGGGAGUCCUCAGCGAUGGAGGUGCUACAGUGCGAUGGUUGUGACUUCCGUGCUGAGUCAUAUGACGACCUCAAGGCCCACAUCCAGGAUGUCCACACAGCCUUCCUGCAGCCCACGGACGUCGGAGACGGAGAGGGGGGCGGGAGUCCCUGCCAGUCCAGGUCAGACUCUCUUAACUCCCCCAGCCAGACAGAGGGGGAGGAGGAGGAUGAUCAGAAUGAAUCUCCCCAAACUGAAACGGGCCACUGCUUCGAAACAGACUUUUCCAGCUCGAACCAAAUGCCAUACAACAAGUCAACAAACCAGUCCAACAAGUCAGCAAACCAGUUAUUCCAGUGUAAGAUCUGUGUCCGUUACUUUAGAUCCAAAUCUCUCUUGAGUAAACACACCAAGAAGGUACAUGGAGCCACACUAAGUGGUGGGAGCUCACCAGCCUCCCAGGCGUCCAAACAGUCCAACUACAACAUCCUUAUCCAUGACAGUCUCGGGAAAGUGUUCUCCUGCCAGUAUUGUACAUACAAGUCUCCACGCAAAGCCAGGAUCCUGAAACACCAAAAGAUGUAUCAUAAAGGGAAACUUAAUCUGGACCCCUCAGAAUCUCCGUCUGAGGCUGUUGAAGAAUCUGAGGCAUUGUCGUCUGAGGAACCCAGUGAGGAACUAGAAGAGGAUGUGGUGGAACGUGGCAUCUCGGAGUCCAUGGUUAAACCUCUGGGAACGUCCAGGGGGAACCAGGCUCUUCGUGGUGAAUGGUGUGAUAACAUGAUGAAAAACAACAACAUGGCGAAAAGGAUCUCAGCCAUCCACCCAGGUGGAGAAGGAGAGGGAAGCGCAGGCUCUUCUAAAUCGGAUUCCCCCUCUUCCCCAAGAAGCCCUCCUAACUCCAAUAUGGUUUCCAAUGACCAGAGUGUUAAUGAAGGCUCCUCAGUAGCCAACUGCUCAGUUUUCAAGCUCAGCAAGACCGCCUCUGGGAUAUCACCCUAUCAGUAUUCACAGAUCCAAUCGGUAGCGCCCAACAGCACAGGAUCCUCCAUUUUGUCUGAAAGGUCCACCUUCGUGAUGUCUGAUGUCUCCAACUCUGCCAUAGAGAUGGAUUCAGGCAUGCUGGAUGACCCUAGGAGCACCUCUGAAGACGACGAUGAACUGGGUGACGAGGAUGACCCCAAAUACACCGACCCGUCAGCCGGUGAUUCUGCUAAGCAGCUUCUGUCUGAGGAGGAUAACAAGAUGCUGGAGACUAAAGGGAUACCAUUCAGAAGGUACAUGAACAGGUUCCAAUGUCCCUUCUGCUCUUUCCUCACCAUGCAUCGUAGAAGCAUCUCCCGUCACAUCGAGAACAUACACCUGUCUGGUAAGACUACAGUGUACAAGUGUGACGUGUGCCCCUUCAUCUGCACCAGCCCUCUCAAGUUAGGCACGCACAAGCAAAGCCACUCCUCAGACUGGGACACCAUGGACUUGACCAGUGAAAGCCCAGGUCCUCAGAACGAGACUCCAGAACCAGUGAACGGAGGAAAUGUUGCUGCUUCCAAAGUCAAUGGGAAAAAGCUAAACAGUGUGCUAAAUGACCUUAAUCAGCAGAACCCUCACCGUUGUACUCUUUGUAGCUUCUCGACCACCACCCUGAAAGGUCUGAGGGUCCACCAGCAACACAAACACUCCUACUGUGACGAAAUGCAAGCUGUCGUUCUGGAGGAGUCAGCAAAUGAGCAGCAGGACACUGAAUUAGAAACUCUCUCCAAUUCUCAGAGCUUUGUACAAAAAACCCAGACUUCGAUUCUUGGACUUGGAUCCAAAAAGCACUUAACCGGGAAAACAGCAAGAAAGUCCAUCAACGACCUACCUUUGGAUCUGUCUCCCGUCAAAAAGAGAACUAGGAUUGAUGAAAUCGCCAACAACCUUCAGAGUAAGAUCAGUCAACAACAGGAGGAUCUGGUGAUUCAUCUGGAAGAAAUUGAUGAUGAAGAGGAAGGAGAGCUCAACAUUGAUGAAGAUGCGGGCCGAGACAAGGAGGAGAAUGACAGCGAUAGUAAAAAUCAUGGCUACGUUUACAACAAGCUUUACGAAGGCCGGGUGGGGAAAAGAAAAAGAACUCUUACGUCAAAGCUAAGAAACAUUCCCAUUUCGCUGACACUCUCUGAGGAUGAGGACAAUGACUCUGCUGAUCCUAAAGCUGAUCUCCAGGACCAGAGCAGCCAAGACAGCCGGGACACUUCUUUCCAUGAGAACCUGGACUAUUCAGAGGUCUCUGGGGUCGCACGCUUCUAUUGCAAGCACUGUGACUACCACAACAAGUCAGCCCGCAGUGUAAGCACCCACUACCAGAGAAUGCACCCUUAUAUCAAGUUUAGCUUUAGAUACAUCCUCGACCCCGAGGAUCAGAGCGCAGUCUUCCGUUGCCUGGAGUGCUUUAUUGAAUACACCAACUUCAACGAUCUUCACGAUCACUACAUGGAUCACCACCCAGAAGCCAGCAAUGUGCUGAACUUCAACCAGCCAGAUCUGGUGUACAUGUGCCGCUUCUGUUCGUACACAAGUCCAAACGUCAGGAGCUUGAUGCCCCAUUACCAAAGAAUGCACCCUGAAGUGAAAAUAAACAACGCUAUGAUCUUCUCAAGCUAUGUGGUGGAACAGCAACACAAGGGUGCAGAAUCUCAAACUCUGAGAGAAAUAUUAAACUCCGGUCCCAAGAGUUUCACCUGUAGCUCUUCCACUUCCAUGCCCAAGUCCUCAUCCAGUCCUGCCCACAAAAAUGCUGCAAAGACGCAAGAUACAACUGCAGAGACGGAAGCCCUGAAAGAGGGUGGUAACGUUGUGGUGUAUGACUGUGAAGUAUGCUCCUUUGCUAGCCCUAACAUGCACUCUGUUCUAGUUCACUAUCAGAAGAAGCACCCAGAGCAGAAGCCCUCGUAUUUCCGCAUUCAGAAAACUAUGAGGGUUAUCACAGUUGAUAGGCCACUGUCAGCAGGUAGCUCUUCCUACAACGUCAACAUACCCACCCCUGUGAAGUCAUCCAGCGCCACAAUGCCAUUUGGUACGGAUGAGGAGAUCUACUACUGUAAACAUUGUGUUUACAGCAACCGCUCUGUUGUGGGUGUUCUUGUCCAUUACCAAAAGAGACAUCCAGAGAUAAAAGUGACAGCGAAAUACAUCAAGCAUGCCACUCCCACCCCUGGGUUGAUGAAACUAAUGGAUGAGCUACAGAUUGCACCUCCAAAGCAGUUCCUCAGACAGUUCAACAACAACGGAUUCGAUGGAUCCAGUAAUUCCCACGGUAGGGUUGGCACAGAGAAGGGAGAAGCAGAGAUGCUCUUCUUCUGUCAGCACUGUGACUAUGGGAACCGCACUGUAAAAGGAGUGCUGAUUCACUACCAAAAGAAGCACAGGGACGCAAAGUCGAAUGCUGACCUUGUACGCCGGCACACUGCAGUGGUCCGCAGUCAACGAGAGCGAGCUCAGAUGGGCCAGUCAGGCACUGCAGCCUCUGCCAUUGCUCCUGCUGCUCCUGCUGAGAUAGAGACGUCCUCCGAAACCCUUCGCUCAUUGAAGUGCAGGCACUGCUCUUAUACAUCUCCAUACGUGUAUGCCUUGAAGAAGCACCUGAAGAAGGAUCAUCCUACUGUGAAGGCCACAGCCAUGACCAUUUUACACUGGGCGUACCAAGAUGGCAUCCUGGAGGCUGGUUACCACUGUGAGUGGUGCAUCUAUUCCCACGGAGAACCCAACGGGCUGCUCUUGCAUUACCAAAGACGGCACCCAGAGCACAACGUUGACUACACAUACAUGGCCAGCAAGCUGUGGGCAGGGCCAGAUACUACUGCCUCCCAGCCGGGAGGGAACGCUGGGGACACUAAGCACUACCAAUGCAGAGAUUGUGCCUUCGAGGCUUGUUCCAUCUGGGAUAUCACCAACCACUACCAAGCUGUCCACCCCUGGGCUGUCAAAGGGGAUGAGUCUGUGCUACUGGACAUCAUCAAAGGUCAAAGGUCCCAAGUGACACUCCACCCGUCGAUGGCUAAAGGACCACCUUUCACUUUUCUUCCGAUUGCGCACGAUGAAGGCUCACUGGAUAUCCCUACGCCACCUCAAGAACACCUCCAACACCAUCCCAGGCUCUCCCACACAAGCAGCUCUAUUUCAAACAGCCCGUACCAGUGCACUGUAUGUCUGUCUGAGUAUAACAGCCUACAUGGACUUCUGACACACUAUGGCAAGAAACACCCAGGCAUGAAAGUCAAGGCGGCUGACUUCGCACAGGAAGCUGAUAUCAAUCCAAGUUCGGUUUACAAGUGCCGCCACUGUCCGUAUGUGAACUCACGCAUCCAUGGAGUUCUCACUCAUUACCAGAAGAGGCAUCCGUUGGUGAAGGUCACCGCGGAGGACUUCUCAGAUGAUAUAGAGCAGGUUAAAGAUAUAACUGACGUGGAUGACAAGUGCAAAACCCAAAGACAGGGCUAUGGUGCGUACAGGUGCAAAAUGUGUCCUUACACUCAUGGGACAUUGGAGAAACUGAAAAUUCACUACGAGAAAUAUCACAAUCAGCCAGCUUCAGAUAUGUUCAAGACUCCCCACAUGCAAUGUUCCACAGUGAAAGAUGAGCCGGUGGCUGAAUGCAGUGCCACGAGUCUAUCGUCAGAGGUACAAGAGGUCAGCGAAUUCGAACUUGCUCUCACCCAGUUUCCCAUCAACAAAGGAGAGGCCCAUGCUGUGUUUAGGUGUCAGCUCUGCAAGUACUUCUGCUCGACCAGAAAAGGCAUAGCUCGACACUACCGCAUCAAACAUAACAAUGUCAGAGCUCAGCCGGAAGGCAAGAACAAUGUCUUCAAGUGUGCUCUCUGUUCGUACACCAAUCCCAUUCGCAAAGGCCUGGCGGCUCACUAUCAGAAGCGUCAUGACAUUGAUGCCUACUACACACAUUGCCUGGCAGCCUCCAAGACGUUGACGGAGAAGCCCAGUAAAGUGGUGGUGCCCUUGGCGUCGGAGGCGGAAGGGUCGGAGCUGACCGAGGAGUUACGAUUGGCCGUGGAGAGGAGAAAGUGUUCACUCUGUGCUUUCCAGGCCUUCAGCAGGAAGAGCAUAGUCUCCCACUACAUCAAACGCCAUCCAGGAGUCUUCCCCAAACGGCAACACUCCAGCAAACUCGGACGCUACUUCACUGUACUCUAUGCCAAAGAACCCGAACCUAUCGAAGAGGUGAACAAAGUGGUGGAGGUUGAACCGAAGCCCGAGCCAGAGGGAGAGGUUGCCGAGUGGCUGCCGUUCAAGUGUCUAAAAUGCUUCCAGCUAUCCUUCAGCACGGUCGAUCUGCUCUCCAUGCACUACAACGACCAUCACAGUGGCAAGGACCUGAAGCGGGACUUCGUCAUCCACCCCAGCCUUACGGAGGAUGGGAUGGAGACAGAGCUCUAUCAGUGUGCCCACUGUGAGCUGAAAUUCCUGGGCCUUCCUCUCCUCAGCACUCACCUGAUGAACCAUAACGAGGAGUUCCAGAAGAGGGCGAUGAGGCAGGAGAGGAGGAGGCAGCUCCUCAGCAAGCAGAAGGCAUCUGAGCCACCGGAGACAAAGACUGAGAAGCUGGUGAACAAUGCUGACAAGGCUCCGAUCGGCUACAGGUGUAACUUCUGUGUGGAGGUCCACCCCACUCUCAGAGCCAUCUGUAACCACCUGAGGAAACACGUCCAGUACGGGGAGGUCAAGGAGGGCCAUGUCAAGCAGGAAGUCACAGAUGUACCAUUGUCCACCAUCCCGGGAGAGAACAGCAUCACCAACGGAGAGGUGGAAGAGGUGAACGACAACUCCAUCAUGGAGACAUCCCCCAAGGACAUGACGAUGGUCGCCGGGGAUGCGGUUGCCAUAGAAACGACGGAGAUGGCAGUUGGAGAGGGGGGGGUUGGGGUAGUGGCGCCCGUCGGCCAGCAGGUGAAGGAGAGGCUUGUUGGGGGACACCCGUGUGCUCAGUGCGACCGCGUCUUCAUGUCGAUGCAGGGGCUGAGGUCCCACGAGAGGAGCCACUCAGCCAUGGCCAUGUUCACCAGAGAGGACAAGUACAGCUGCCAGUAUUGCCAGUUCGUCUCCCCCUUCAGACACAAUCUGGACAGACACGUGCAGUCCCACCAUGGGCACCACAAGCCUUUCAGAUGCAAGCUCUGUCCCUUUAAGUCUGCCUACCUGAGUCGCCUGAAGAGUCACCUACACAAAGCACACGCAGGCGAGAACACCUAUAAGUGCUUGUCCUGCCCCUUCUCCUCAAUGACUAUCAGCCAGCUGAAGGAGCACUCUCUGAGGGACCAUGGGGAGGCCCUGACCCUCCCCAGGCUUCGUGCUGGCGCUACCACCCAGGGCCCCCAGACCAGGCCCCUCAGGCUGGGCUCAGACCCUCACCAGACUCCCCUGACCUCUAACCUUGACGACGCUGGGUACCUGCAUGAGACGGCGGACGUACGGCAGCAGCUCAGUCACUAUCAGCUAGCAUCUCGUGGUCAUGUGACCUCCCCCACCGCCCCGGCCCAGGGUGCGCCCUCCGACACGCGUCCGGAUGGCAUCCUGACCUGUGAGUUCUGUGAGUUCAGUUCGGGGUACAUGCAGAGCCUGCGCCGCCACUACAGAGACAGACACGGAGGGAAGAAGCUGUUCAAGUGCAAGGACUGCUCCUUCUUCACCUGCUCCAAGUCAGCAUUCACCAUGCAUGUGGAAGCAGGACACACCGUCGUUCUUGAGGAGGGUCACAAAGACCUGCGCUGUCCACUCUGUCUCUACCACACCAAAUACAAGAGCAAUAUGAUCGACCACAUCGUCCUGCACAGGGAGGAGCGCGUGGUACCCCUGGAGGUGUCCCGCUCCAAGCUGUCUCGCCACCUGGCGGGUGUGGUGUUCCGCUGCCACAAGUGCACCUUCACCUGCUCCAGCGACCAGAGCCUGCAGCUGCACAUCACUAAGCAUAACGAGAUGAAACCCUACCAGUGCCAGCUGUGUUACUACGACAGCAGGCAGCGUUACCAGCUGGAGGAACACCUCCGAGACGAGCACAAGGUGAUCCGUAACUUUGAGUCGAUGGGGCGGGUCAAUCUGGAUCAGCUGGAUGCUUUAAAGGAGAUUCGUAGUAGCGCCGAGGAGGAAGAGGAGAGAGAGGAGGAUGGAACGGUCAUGGAAGAAGAGAUGAUGGAGGAGUGUAUAGAUGAAGACCUAGAGGAGGAAGAGGAAGGGGGAGUGGCAGAAAAGCAUUUUCCUAAAGAUGUCCCUGUGGUUUCCCCUAGCAGCAGUAGUGUGUCUGCCUCUGCUGAGAAGCGUUUCCCCUGUGAGUUCUGUGGUCGUUGCUUCACCAACAACAUAGAGUGGGAACGCCACGUGCUCCGACACGGAAUGACUGUUACCAACAGCAGAACAACAGACACUAGCUCCACUCCAGCAAUAGAAACCUCAGCUCAGCUUCUUAUUGGCUCGUUGGAUGUCGUGACAAUGACCGAUAGAGGGAUGGACCUAUCCAGCAACGGCAUGGAGGUGGAGAGAGGAUAUGCCUCUGACCUAUCACAGAGUAGUAAAAAUCAGAAUGAGGAAGACAAAGAAAUACUUGAGACCAAAAAUGACCUAUAGGAAGAGAUGGAAGAGAAGAGAACUGUGGCCUAACAUUGUAGUCACUGUGCUAGAGACCAUAACAUUAGGUUGUAUGGAUAUUGAUGUUGGGUAUCAAAAAUAGGCUGCAAAAAAAAAGAUGUAAACAUAAAAAAGUAAGUCAAAGGAAUUGUCACCUUUUGGAGCAUUGUUAGCUUUUAAGUGUAACAUAUUGGAAACAAUAGGUUGUGUUCAAUGAUUUAUAUAUACACUAGAUGACUGACAGGGAGCGCUGUUUUGAAGCCGCCGUACCUCCAUCUUGGAACUCCCCCACCGUUGAAAAAAUAUUUUGGAAGCUAUAGAAAUGCAUUUAUAAAGUCUACAUUUGUUUUUGCCAUGUUUAUUCUAUACUGAACAAAAAUAUAAAUGCAACAUGCAACAAUUUCAACGAUUGUACUGAGUUACACUUCAUAUAAGGAAAUCAGUCAUUUUAAAGAAAUAAAUUAGGCCCAAAUCUAUGGAUUUCACGACUGGGCAGGGCCCAACCACUUGGGAGCCUGCGCCACCCACUUGCGAGCCAGGCCCAGCCAAUCAGAAUGAGUUUUUCACAACAAAAUGUCUUUAUUACAGACAGAAAUACUCCUGUUUCAUUAGCUGUCCAGUUGGCUGGUCUCAGAUGCUCCCGCAGGUAAAGAAGCCAGAUGUGGAGGUCCUGGGCUGGCGUGGCUACACGUGGUCUGCGGUUGUGAGACUGGUUGGACAUACUGCCAAAUUCUAUAAAAUAACCUUGUAGGCAUCUUAUGGUAGAGAAAUUGACAUAACAUUCUCUGGCAACAGCUCUGGUGGACUUCUGGCAAAAGCUCUGGUGGACAUUCCUGCAGACAGCAUGCCAAUUGCACACUCCCUCAAAACUUGAGACAUCUGUGGCAUUGUGUUUAUGUAACAACACUGCACAUUUUAGAGUGGCCUUUUAUUGUCCCCAGUACAAGGUGCACUUGUAUAAUGAUCAUGCUGUUUAAUCAGCUUCUUGAUAUGCCACACCUGUCAAGUGGAUGGUUUAUCUUGGCAAAGGAGAAAUGCUCACUAACAGGGAUGUAAAAACAAAUCUGAGAAAAAGCUUUUGUGCAUUUGGAACAUAUAAUUUAUAUCAGUUCAUGAAACAUGGGACCAACACUUUACAUGUUGCAUUUAUAUUUUUGUUCGGUAUAUCACAGACAUGUUAAUGCAUAUUUUUGUUUUUAGAUUAUGUGAGCUAAACAUAAAAAUAAAAUUUGAAAAAAUAUAUAUAUAAAAACAUUUUCAUUAAAGUAUAAUGUUUUGAAAGUGCUAAUGUUACUUUCCCUACUACAGCAACAAAAAUACUUAAAUACAUUUAAUUUUGACCUUGAAUCAUUCUAUUUUAAUACUGUAGAACUCCAUUCAUUUCUAUGGACUGCUUCUUCUGUGGAGGGCCAAUAUGGCCAACCGGUGGCUUCAAAGCCUCUCAUUGGCCAAUACAUAGCAUCAGCAAUCCAGGGUUUAUAUACAUCACCGUUUGUGUUACAUCCCAAAAAAUGUAAAUGGCUGAACUUUAAAAUUAGUCACUGGUCCCAUAGAAUAGAUGUUAAUAUAUUGGUAACCAAUAGUGAAUGGUACUGUAAAGCAUACAUUCAGGUCAAAUCGUCAGUUUCCACAGGUUAAGUCCUAGUUCACGUCUACUGAACUAAGAUAUUUAUUUUGUUUAAAGAAAGAGUGGGUGACAUUUCCCCAAAACAUGUUUGAAAUUGGAGAAUUCAAUUUUGAAGCCUAUACAGUGCCUUCAGAAAGUAUUUAUACCCUUUGAUUUAUUCCACAUUUGGUGGUUACAUCCUGAAUUCGAAAUGUAUUAAAAAUAUAAAAAAAUCUCACCCAUCUACACACAAUACCCAAUAAUGACAAAGUGAAAACAUGUUUUUUUAGAUUUUUUUGAACAUUUAUUGAAAAGUAAAUAUAGAAAUAUCUAAUUUCCGUAAGUAUUUACACCCCUGAGUCAAUUUGUUGGAGAUACAAGCAUCUUUGGCAGCGAGUACAGACUUUCUGGGUAAGUCUCUAAGAGCUUUCCACAACAGGAUUGUACAACAUCUGCCCAUUAUCAUUUUCAAAAUCAUUCAAGCUCUGUCAAAUUGGUUGUUGUUCAUUGCUAAACAACCCUUUUCAGGUCUUUCCAUAAAGUUUUAGGUAGAUUUAAGUCAAAACUGUAACUCGGCCACUCGGGAACAUUCACGGUAUUUUUGGUAAGCAACUCCAGUCUAGAUGGGGCCUUUUGUUUUAGGUUAUUGUCCUGCUGAAAAGUGAAUUAAUCUCCCAGUAUCUGGUGGAAAGCAAACUGAACAAGGUUUUGCCAGUGCUUAGCACCAUUCCCUUUAUUUUUAAUCCUGAAAAACUCCCCAGUCCUUAACAAUUACAAGCAUACCCAGAGCAUGAUGCAGCCACCACUAUGCUUGAAAAUAUGGAGAGUGAUUUUCAAUAAUGUGUUGUAUUGGAUUUGCCUCAAACAUAACACUUUAUAUUUAGGACAAAAAAAGGUAAUUGCUUUUUUUGGGGGGGCACAUUUUUUGCUUUUUUACUUUAGUGCCUUAUUGCAAACAGGAUGCAUGUUUUUGAUUAUUUUUAUUCUGUACAGGCUUCCUUCUUUGCCCUCUGUAAAUUAUGUUAAUAUUGUGGAGUAACUACAAUGUUGUUGAUCCAUCCUCAGUUUUCUCCUACAGCCAUUAAACACUGUAACUGUUUUAAAGUCACCAUUGGCCUCAUGGUGAAAUCCCUGAGCAAUUUCCUUCCUCUCCGGCAACUGAGUUAGGAAGGACGCUUCUAUCUUUGUAGUGACUGGGUGUAAUUAGUGUAAUUAAUAACUUCACCAUGCUCAAAGGGAUAUUCAAUGUCUGCUUUUUUUACCCAACUACUAAUCGGUGCCCUUUUAUGCGAGGCAUUGGUUGAAUCUGUGUUUGAAAUUCACUGCUCAACUGAGGGACCUUACAGAUAAUUGUAUGUGUGGGGUACAUAGAUGAGGUAGUCAUUCAAAAAUCAUGUUUUUUUACUAUGAUUCACUAUUAUUGCACUAGAGUGAGUCCAUGCAACAUACACACAUGAACCUAUUUAUGCUUGCCAUAACAAAGGGGUUGAAUACUUGUUGACUCAAGACAUUUCAGCUAAACAUUUUUUAUUAAUUUCAAAUAAUUUCUAACAACGUGCAGUACCAGUCAAAAGUUUGGACACACCUACUCAUUCAAGGGUUUUUCUUUAUUUUUACUAUUUUCUACAUUGUAGAAUAAUAGUGAAGACAUCAAAACUAUGGAAAUAACACAUAUGGAAUCAUGUAGUAACCAAAAAACUGUUAAUCAAAUCCAAAUAUGUUUUAGAUUCUUCAAAGCCACCCUUUGCAUUGAUUACAGCUUUGCACACUCUUGGCAUUCUCUCAACCAGUUUCACCUGCAAUGCUUUUCCAACAGUCUUGAAGGAGUUCCCACAUAUACUGAGCACAGGACAAUGACCCAAAACACACCUCCAAGAUGUGUAAUGGCUAUUUGACUAAGAAGGAGAGUGAUGGAGUGCUGCAUCAGAUGACGUGGCCUCCACAAUCACCCCCUGCUUUUACUUCACUCUUUGGUCCAACUCAUCUCAAGCCAUCUCAUUUGAGUUGAGGUCAGGUGAUUGUGGAGACCACGUCAUCUGAUGCAGCACUCCAUCACUCUCCUUGGUCAAAUAGCCAUUACACAUCUUGGAGGUGUGUUUUGGGUCAUUGUCCUGUUGAAAAACAAAUGAUAGUCCCACUAAGCGCAUAUAUUUGGGUUGCAAUUUCUGAGGCUGGUAACUCUAAUGAACUUAUCUUCUGCAGCAGAGGUAACUCUGGGUCUUCUAUUCCUGUGGCAGUCCUCAUGAGACCCAGCUUCAUUUUUUUAUAAUUAAAAAAAAAAAAAUUAACCUUUAUUUUACUAGGCAAGUCAGUUAAGAACAAAUUCUUAUUUUCAAUGACGGCCUAGGAACAGUGGGUUAACUGCCUGUUCAGGGGCAGAACGACAGAUUGUGUACCUUGUCAGCACGGGGAUUUGAACUUACAACCUUCCGGUUACUAGUCCAAUGCUCUAACCACUAGGCUACCCUGCCGCCCCAUAGCACUUGAUGGUUUUUGCGACUGCACUUGAAGAAACUUUCAAAGUUCUUGACAUUUUCUGAAUGGACUGACAUUCAUGUCUUAAAGUAAAGAUGGACUGUCAUUUCUCUUUGCUUAUUUGAGGUGGUCUUGCCAUAAUAUGGACUUGGCCUUUUACUAAAAUGGGCUAUCUUCUGUAUACCACCCCCACCUUGUCACAACACAACUGAUUGGUUCAAACGCAUUAAGAAGGAAUGAAAUACCACAAAUUAACUUUUAACAAGGCACACCUGUUAAUUGAAUUGCAUUCCAGGUGACUACCUCAUGAAGCUAGUUGAGAGAAUGCCAAGAGUGUGCAAUGCUGUCUUCAAGGCAAAUGGUGGCUACUUUGAAGAAUCUCAAAUAUAAAAUGUAUUUUGAAUUGUUUAACACUUUUUUUGGUUUCUACAUGAUUCCAUGUGUCAUUUCCAUAGUUUUGAUGUCUUCACUAUUAUUCUACAAUGUAGAAAAUAGUAAAAAAUAAAUUACAUUUACAUUUAAGUCAUUUAGCAGACGCUCUUAUCCAGAGCGACUUACAAAUUGGUGCAUUCACCUUAUGACAUCCAGUGGAACAGUCACUUUACAAUAGUGCAUCUAAAUCUUAAAAGGGGGGGGAUGAGAAGGAUUACUUAUCCUAUCCUAGGUAUGAAUUGAAUACUUGAAUGAGUAUGUGUGUCCAAACUUUUGACUAGUACUGUAAUUCCAUUUUGACAUUAUUCGGUAUUGUGUGUCGGCAAUUGACAAACAAAUCUACAUUUAAUCCAUUUUAAAUUCAGGCUGUAACACAACAAGAUGUGGGAAAUAGUCAAGAGGUGUGAAUACUUUCUGAAGGCACUGUAUGUAUCAAAGCACCUUUGACACCAUGGAAGUUCCAAACAAGGGGUUCUUUAAAGAUAUAUAACCUACUCUAUGACCCCACCUUUAACCUCCUCCUACUCCCUGAUCCCCCUUUAACCUCCUCCUGCUCCCUGAUCCCCCUUUAACCUCCUACUGCAACCUGACCCCCUUUAACCUCCUGCUCCCUGACCCCCCUUCACCUCGACCCCCAUUUAACCUCCUACUGUAUGGGGUAACACAUUUAACUGACAUCCCUUUAACCUCCUACUACUCCCUGAUCCCCAUUUAACCUCCUACUGUAUGGGGUCACACAUAUAACUGACCCCCCUUUAACCUCCUACUGUAUGGGGUCACACAUUCAGCUCACUGACCCCCAUUUAAUAUCUGACCCACCUUUAACCUCAAUGCUACCAUCCAGAUCCUCAUGUCCUUAUCCUAAUAAUCCCAUCGUCUAGUGUUGUCAUUGUCAGAGUUAAGAAUGUGCCGUAAGGUCACUCCACAGCUAGCUUGAAAUGUCAUCGAUGGAGCCAUCCAAUUGGAUCCUUUUGUAUAGCUCAAUUGGCCGGUACGUUGUCAAGGAGGAUGGUCACUGGUUUGAGCCCGUUAUGGGGACACGGGCAGUGGAGGACGAUAUACUGUGAGCAGCUGACUGCCGUCAGUUUCAUGAUGUUGAGAGAUGGACAGUAUAUGAGAGAUGACUCUUCUUGACCUGUGCCUGUAUUCAGGAGUCUCUGAGUAGGAGUGCUGAUCUAGGGUCAGUUUCGCCUUUUAGAUCAUAAUGAAGAAGAUUAUAUGGACAGUGUGGACCUGAUCCUAGAUAUGCCUUCUCAAUGUGUCACUCUUCACCCAUCUAUACUAGCUGUAAAACAGUAGGACAUUUCUGGGAUUUGACCCCAAUGAUAACUUUACAGUUGUUGUUUUUUUUAGCAUUGUGUAAAUCAAGUAGAAUAAUUCAUUGAGGAAUAGUUGCACCUUAUUUAUCUAUAGUAUAUAUCCAACUUUUAGAAUAUUGUCUUGGCUUUUGCCCUAAUAUGGUUUCCUUGAAUAUGAUGUGAUGCCUUCAACCUUAGGCAUUCCCAUCACUUCCACUCUUUAUAACUGCAUUUAUUGUCUAUAGUUCAACUUCUGACAGUUGAGAUUUUGACAUUUGAAAGUGAACUGACACAACCGUGUUCCCACAACAUGAUAACCAGCAGCUUGACUUAAUUGGUUAAGUUCCCUUGCUAUUUUGUCUAUCGAUAGCGAGCUACACUGUACUCUGGUGAUAUAUAUAUCUUCAACGUCAGAAGACAAUAGAGGGAAUAAUGUGUGGAAAAUAGCAUGACGUUAGCAGCUAAUUCACCUCAUCAAUAGAGAAUUGUGACAGCAUUUGAAAGACAACCAACUUGUAUGCUAAAGAAAAAGGAUUUUAAAUGUGACUGACCAGCAAUGUGAAAGUAGAACACUGGGGUGUUUAACUAAUGUUCUCCAGUGCAUUUGUGCUGUAUUCUAUGAUUCUGUCAUUGUUGAUGGAGAUAACUAGGAGAGCCUGCUCUUCUCUAUGCUUCUUUUUAGACUAGGCUGUUUUGACAAACAAGGCAGAGAUUGUAUAUGUUAGAAGUUGCUGCUCAAAUACCCCAAAGCCUUAUUAGAAUUAUGAAUAGCAAUUAUUUCAAGCUUCAUCAAAACAAAUGUUUUCUUUCCAACACUGGUUGGUUGGAACCAAUACAAAAAAAAAACAAUACAAUACAAAGUGAUUGACAGUUAUUGGUAUAACUCAUUUGAGCCAUCAAAAUGACAGAAAAAAAAAGUUUUCUUGGUACCAAAAUAUUUAGCUGGCUAUGUUUGCUACAAAUGUCUUUCCUGGGUAAAGAACCAUUGUUGCAUAGGGGGAAGAACCCAGAGACAUAUAUAUAUACAGUAUUAAUGUAUAUAUGGCUCUGAUAGAAUCCAGUUCCCCUAUAGGGUGUCCUGCAUGUACGUAUGUGACAUGCAGCCGUGUAUAGAGAAAACAAACUGCUUGUUAAGUGUUUGAAACUGUGGUGUUUCAGAAAGGAUACUUUAACCUUUUUCCUUUAGGUGUUGGUCUCAAAUUAAACAAAUAAAUAAAACAAAAAAUCUAAAGAAAAACCUUUUGGAGUGUUUUUCAGACUCCCAAAUCAAAAUGUUAAUAAUAAGCUGUUGUACAACGUCUGGUUGAUAAGAAAUAUCGGUUAUUUUAUUUUUUUGUACCUUAAAAACAACUUGGGGGGGGCACUGAGUCUUUUAGCCCUUGUCCUAUUUUCCUGUUAAAGGACUAGCCUAGCUUUUUAAACAUUAACCCGUUAGAGAAAUGUUUGUUUAAGGAAAUAAGCUUUUAAAGUGGCAGCCGCUCCACUGAAAACCAGGGGUUAAAUAUGGAUUUUGUAAGGUGAUGAAACUGUCCUGUCUCUCUGUCCCCCAAAAUUGGUCAAUUUUUCAUAUAAAUCUAUUGAACUGUCACUGUACCCUAAAGGUGGUGGGACUAUUGGUUGUUGGUCACACCCCUUCCUCCCACCUCCCAAUUUAAUCCCUGCUCGUCAUAACACACUGGAUACUUGUAUGUGUGUGUGUAAUAUAUAUAUUAUAUAUAUAUAUAAUAUAUAUAUUUAGUUUGUCUUCAUUCCGUUUCUCUCCUCUCUUCAGACUGUUCUCUAUAGUUUUACUACUUUACAUUCUCCAUUUUGCCUUUUCUCCUGUGAAAAUCUGAUUCCUAAAGGUGGGCCUAGAAUGAUUGUUUACAAUUGUAUUCCAUUUGAUCUCUGGAUAUUCUGUAAAUAUUGUAAUUCAUUGUCUUUUUUUAACUUGUUAAUAAAGUUAUCAGAUAACGGUA